AUUACUCUCAAGGUUCCUGCCACAUUCGAAAAUUUGCUAAGUCGUCUUAUGUCUUAUGUCUGAAGGGUCGUCUAUCUUGUCCUCUGGACCUAAAAGACAAUACGGGACUCUAGAAUCUACGAAUGCUUCACAAAAUCCUCAUAUAAUCUAUAACGUCAAACCUGGAGAUACUCUUGUGUCAAUCGCAGUACAAUUUGGAACAACAGUACAAAGAUUGCGAUGGAUCAAUCGUUUGUGGGGAUCAGACAUCUCUAACAUAGCUACAUUAAGAGUCCCUGUCAAGUCUGACCCUAGGCGGUUUGUACACCACAAUUCAAUUGAGUUGUCUACAGUCAAAAAGAAAUCUGAGCCUGGUAAUGAAGACGCUCCACAAAUAGCUUCUGCUAGCAUUUAUUUUAAAGAAUUGUCAGAAAGGGUCGAAAAGGCCAAGGAAGCUGCCUCUCGCUGCUUAGAAAAGAGCAGACUACCUGAAAUCAUAGCUGACUGUGAUCCCAGUAAACGCGAUUGUUUUCCCGUUCCAAGUUUGUCGGUAUCUGAUGAAACAGUGGUCAUGGUAACAGCACCUUCAACUUCCAAACUUAACUCAAUUACUGAUUCUCGAAAAAGAUUUUGUUCAAUCCCUACAAACAGCAUUCACGAUCCAUGCUGAUUCGUAUGUUAGAGUAGAUGAUCUCGUGUAAAAGUGCAUUACAUUUUUUAUAAUAGUGCAAUAACUAUGUUACUUUUGUCCGUCUGGACUGUGAUAGUUCGUUCUGUUUGUCCUUUUUCGUUCGUUUACUUACAAUUUAUUUCGUAUUGUAUAUUUGUAGGGUCUUGAUUUUUAGUAUUCAUUUUAAUUUAUUUUUAAUCUUAAAAUACUAAAGAUUCUCCUAGUGUAAAUCACACAUGGUAUAUAACUUAAUUUGUAUCCCGUAUUUCAUUUCUCUUUAGUCUACAUCCAACAAACUUUUUGAACGACCAUUACCAUAAACACCGUUUUACCAAAGAUGUCAAAAAGUAUUCUGUAUUUGCUAAUCAAAUAUAUAUAAAUGUGCAUCUCUGUUUUUCAACUUAUUUAUCGAAAAGUUCUGUAUGC